AUGCGUGGGCAUGACCGCGAGCGCCAUGACAGCGUUCCGCGAUCGCAUCGUGCCUCCCAGAACCAGCUUCUCCUCGCUGGGCCAGCAUCGAUGGACCCGUACCCCCAGCCGCCGCCGCGGAGGCUCGGCACCCACCAUCUGCGCAUCACAGGGCCGCAUCCGCACCGCGCUGGUCCCAGCAACGACCACCUCGCCGAGGCCGAGCCGCUGCGCAAGCUGCGGAGCGGCGUAACGGGUCACGGUGUUGGCGGCGCGCUCUCAGCUGAGCUUCUCUCAGCCGCUGCGCACAUGCAGGCCGAGGCACGCGAGCAGCGGAUGCGGAUGGACAACUGGCGGCGCAAGUUCAAGGAGCUAGAAACCGAGGCGCGCGAGGCCAAGGACGCGCACGCCGAGCUAAGUCUCUCGUACCGGUCGAUUGUUGCCCAGCUGGAAGAGGUCUCGACUCAGAGUGAGACCCAGGACCGCCGCCUCUCGGCGCUGCUCCUCCAGAUGGACGCGUACCAGGCCAAGAUCGGUGCGCUUGAGCAGGCAGUGGGGCGCGCCGGCAAGUUCAAGAACGAGGUCUUGGUCCAGCUUCGCGAUCUUGAGACCGACAACACCGACCAAGAGCUGCAGAUCGAGGCUCUCGUCGCCGAAAUCACCUCGCUCAAAGUUGCUGCUCGCUCCGCUGCCGCAAAGACUGCUGCCGCCGACGCGCGCGUCGGCUCGCUCACCCACAAGCUGCAGACCGCAUCCGCCGCCGCAGACCGCGCAGACGCCCGGGCCAAGGCCGCCGCAGACGACAUCGCCGCCCUUCGCGCCUCGCUUGCCGAGACCAAGCUCCAGCUCGGCCACGCCCGCAGCGAAAACGAGCUUCUGCGCGAGAAGAACAAGCUCCAGCUCGCCCAGCUUGCCGCAGAGCGCGAGCGCGCCGAGCUCCGCGAGCGCGAGCAUGCUCGCGCCGCUUCGCUUCUCCACGUCUCGCCCACCCGCACCCAGCAUCUCGCCACCGCCGCGCUCGUCCCACCACGUCCAAGACACAAGCGCAAGCACAAGCACAAGCACAAGCACAGGCACAAUCGCAAGGGCAAGCCGGUGGCCACGCGAGUCAGCCCAUCGUACGCCGCGCCCUGCGACAGCAGCAGCGGCUCGGCCUCGGCCCCCGCCUCGGCACACGACUCGGGGCAUGAUUCAGCCUCAAACCCGCCGCUCAAGCCGGCACCAGAGCCCAAGCCCGAGCCUGAGCCCCAGCUCGCAACCAGGCCGCAUCGAGACCCUUCCAUCCGGGCCUCGCUCUCACUCUCGCUCUCGCCAUCGCCACCGCUGUCGAGCAAGUCAUCGCAGCCACCGCAGCAGCCGUCGCGCGCAAACGACAUCCCGGUCUGGCAGCGACGGGCCCAGGAGCAGCGACAGAAUCGCGCUCCGCCAAACCCGGCGGUCGUCACUGCGCGCACCUACUCGCGCCGCGGCCGCCGCAAACGCAUGGGCUCGUCGCCGGUCGCCAAACUCCAUGCCUGCUCCCCGUCGGCACUCAAGCGCCAGCGCAACCUUGCCGCCGGCAAGCGCGACGUCUCGCUCUUUGACGAGCCGCAGACAGAGGCCAACGCCGACCCGUUUGCCUUUCGCUCCGGCUCGGACCCCUGA